UAACCAUGCUUUAAACCACAUAAACUCUUUGAUAUGACUGAUGACAUCAUCAGUGACUCACUGUUGUGAGACUAUAUAUAGGGGUCAAAUAUUCCAUUUCUGACAUCUCUUUUCAUAAACCCCUGCGUUACUUAGUGACCAGAUUCAUUCACCGAGAGCACAAUCGCAAACUCAGUAUGGAUACAAACAAAGAAAACAAGCACAUUUUUCGCGUCCGAGACAAGGACGGUAAAAUCGUACAGGAAAUUACUGUCGAUUCGUUGAACGAGGAGAAGGAAAUCCUAGAUCAACUUAUGGAGGUAGCAGAGAAAGAAAAAUCCCUCUCUACUAGGAAAGCAGCGUGCAAGCCGCACAAAAGGACUCCAGCUGUCAACCCCUGGAAAAUUCCAGAAGUGGCUGACCAAAGGUCUCGUCUGAGUCUGGAUGAGGACAACUAUCCCUCACUCCAGAGAGAGACAAUUACAAAGCAAACAAAAGAUGGACAAGUAAACACAAAGAUUCAGCCACGAAAAUGGACUGCGACUGGUGGGGUAAGCUGUGUCUUUGGACUGACAGUGCCACCUAAGCAGACAAAGACACAGGCUAUACUCAAAAACAAAACACAAGCAGCUGUACCUCUGGAAGCAGAGGCAACAACUGCUGUGUCAGUUCACCAGCCUGCACAAAACAACACCACACAGGCUGAAAUAACGACAAACAUCAAGGCUCAGAAAGCAGAGCCUGUAAAAACCGGUCUAAACCGGCCUGAGGAGAUGACCAAAGUGCCAGUCCCAGAACCUAAAAAAGUAGGGCCUGUGGUGAGCAUUCUGAAACGGCCUGAGGGGACAACCAAAGCGCCAGUCCCAAAAACUCAAAAAGUAGGGCCUGUGGUGAGAUUUCUCGAACAGCCUGAGGGGACAAUCAAAGCACCAGUCCCACAAAAAGUAGGGCCUGUGGUGACCAUUCUCAAACGGCCUGAGGGAAUAACCAAAGCACCAGUCCCACAACCUCAAAAAGUAGGGCCUGUGCUGACCAUUCUCAAACGGCCUGAGGGAAUAACCAAAGCACCAGUCCCACAACCUCAAAAAGUAGGGCCUGUGCUGACCAUUCUCAAACGGCCUGAGGGAAUAACCAAAGCACCAGUCCCACAACCUCAAAAAGUAGGGCCUGUGGUGACCAUUCUCAAACGGCCUGAGGGAAUAACCAAAGCACCAGUCCCACAACCUCAAAAAGUAGGGCCUGUGGUGACCAUUCUCAAACGGCCUGAAUCAACAAUCGAAAUCCGACCUUCAACUCCCGCGGCAGAGCCUGCCAUAACCAAGCCAGAGAUUCAUCAGGUUAUGGCCCAGGAAUACAAAAUAGCUUCACUGGAAAGAGAAAAACUGGCACUCAUCAUGGAAGUCGAGCGAUUGAAAUCUCAGCUCGGCCGCGUAGCGAUGGAUGCCACUGAGGAGGUGAGGGAGCUCUUAGCUGAACUGUAUAGUAAUGGUAAAAAAGGAAAGGAUGCAGAGCAGAAUGCAGAAAGGCUAAGGGCAGCUCUGAGAAUGGAAACCAACAGUAGGAAGGAGGCUGAGAAAAACCUGGCCAAGCAGGAGGAGGAGACCUCCACCAUUAAACAAACACUGGCCCAGGUCAAAAAUGACCUGGAGAACUCCCGCUGCCAGUGGGAGAAUGAGAAGUCCCGUCUCCUCGCUGACCAAAGUCAGGAAGUCUCUACCCUCAAGGCAUCAUUUCAGCAGGAGCUAGAGAAGAAAACAUCCGAGUGGAAGGAAGACAGGUCCCGGCUCGUGGAGGAACACAUCAAAGAAACAUCAACCCUCAAGGAAACAUUUCUCCAGGAGCUGGAGAAGGAAAGAUCAACGUGGGAGAAAGAAAGAUCACGACUCCUGGAGGAGCAGAUGAGGGAAACCUCCAGCCUCUCAGCAGCUCUGGUGAAGGCACAGGAAGACCUGGACAAAGAGCAGCUCCAGUGGCGCCAAGAGAAGUCUGGCCUACUGGAGUCUCUGAGUGUCCUGAAGCAGGCUCUGAGAGACAGAGAACAAGACAGAGAGACAUCUACAAAUGACCUGAUGAGUAGAGUGGUGGAGAUGGAAAACCUGAUGGAGGAGGUGCAAAGACACCCUAAAAGAAAAUCUCUGAGGAAGAGGUUCCUCAAUUUUUUCCGAAGACGGUGAUGCCACCCCUCCAUCCUUUUCCUCCAGCUCUCUCUCUCUCUCUCUUUAUCUCACCCAUCCGCUCCCCACCCCGUCACAACCCAACUGGUCAAGGCAGAUGACCACCCACCCAGAGCCCGGUUCUGCUCAAGGUUUCUACCCAUCAAAAGGUAGUUUUUCCUUGCCGCCGUCGCCAAGUGCAUGCUCGCGGUGGAAUGUUGGGUACAAAAGAAUAAUUCCCCCACUAACCCUGAUCUAACACUGGCCCCCAAAUCCCAAACAAAAAAACAAACAAAAAAACAAAACAAAACAAAAAAAACAAACAAAAAAAAAAUAAACAAAAAAAAAAUUCAGCAA